CUACGUGCCGUCACUGGUGUCACUUACUUGAAGCAAAGGUGUUAUGUUAGAAAAUAUACGUAUGGAAAAUAUUUCAUGUUAAAUGCCAAAAUGAUUCGCUCAAAGUUUACUGUCACUUUCAAAAAUUGCAAGAUUGUAACCCAAACAUUUUUAAUAAAUUCGAUGAGUACAGAUUCUUCCCAACCUUCGUUUGAGGAAAUUCGUAAAUAUUUAUGGGGUUUUGGGAAAGGAAACGUAAAUUUAAGUAAAAAUGAGGAUACUGGUAUAGCAACUCUUGUACUUAAUAAUCCCGAAAAAAGAAACGCCAUUAGUGGCCAGAUGAUGGUACACCUCAGGGACUGCAUUGAAGAGCUUGAAAAGUGGAAAUCGGGAAAGGCUGUUAUUUUACAGGGACAUAACAAUAUUUUUUGUUCGGGGGCAGAUUUAGAUUUUGUUAGGGCAGCGGGUACCAAACAGGGUGCCAGUUAUAUGAGCACGUGGAUGCAAGAUACCUUAAAUCGUCUUCAGCGUCUCCCUCUAAUUAGCGUUUCAUUGUUGGAAGGAUUUGCUAUAGGGGGUGGUGCUGAAGUGGCGGUUUCAUGUGACUAUAUUGUAGUUGCUAACAAUGCUAAAUUCGGUUUUGUUCAUGCUAAGAUGGGAUUAGUUCCCGUCUGGGGUGGAACUACAAGAUUGGUAAACAAAAUAGGACAAAGGAAGGCGUUAGAUAUGUUGUUGACAAGCAAGGUCUUUAGAGCUGUUGAUUGUCUAAAUAUAGGUUUGGCAGACGCUAUGGUGCCUACAGCAGAAUCAUUUGUGAAAACUAUGGAAUGGCUUAGCCCAAGAAUUCAACAUCAUUAUACUAUUGUUAGGGCCAAUAAAACAUCGGUCAUCAAUACCGCUUUGAAUUCCUAUCAAGACAGCUUAGCCAAAGAAAAGACAAUGUUGGUACCAUUUUGGGGCGGUCAGCUCAACAUUGAAGCUUUAAAUAAAAAAAUUAAACAUGAACCUUCCCAAAACGGCGAUUAAAUUAAAUUAU